UAGCCCCACAAUAUCACGUGCAUCCUCUCCAUAAUCAAACUCUAUAGUAUCUAUGCCAUCCAGCUGCCUUCCUUCCCCUCUCCAGUUCACCAUUAACCAAAACUCAAACUCCACCCGCUUCUGCACUUUUUUCAUCUCCAAUGGAAUUAGAGAAGCCACUCGUACAAGUGUCAGAUAAAGAAGUCCGCUUAAACUUUGCACUCAACACCAAGUGCAGAGCCAACAUUACUUUAAGCUCACUCUCUUCGACAACCCUGGUAGCAUUUAAAGUCCAAACAUCAUCUCCGCGCAAGUUCUUAGUCAAUCCACCAACUGGGUUCGUCUCUCCAUCAUCAUCCACCACAGUUCAAAUCAUUCUCAAACCCCAAACCCAUCUCCCUCCCACUUUUCCUCGAUCUCCGGCCGACAGUUUCUUGAUCAAAACCGCACCUUUUACUCAUAAUCAUCGCCCUGAUGACGACGACGAUUCUCUCAACUGUUGGUUCUCUUCACUUCCUCAUGGAUUAGUUACUCAGAGUUUUAAACUUAAGGUUGCUUUUGUGGGUCCAUUUCUUCUCCGCCACGCCGUCACUUGUGGAGAUGUUAACUCAGCAAAGAAUAUAAUAAAAAAACAGAGGUCAGUUCUUGCUGAGUUGCCACCCGUCGAGGCUGAGUCACUUCUCCGUGUUGCGACCGAGUUGGCUCACCCAGAAAAUAUGGUGAACUUGCUGCUUGAAGCUGGUUUAAAAAUUGACGCACGCGUGAAAGUAGAUAAUGAGGUGGAUAAUAAGUGGGAAUCUAAGGGAUGGAGUGAGUUACACGUGGCGGUUGCUUUUAAUCGGAUGGAGGAGGUUUUGAAUUUGGUGCAGACGUUUGUGCCGUUGGAUUUGAGAGAUAGGGAGGGGAGGACACCGUUGCAUUUGGCGGCAAGUAGGGGAAAUAUAAGGUGUGCUAAGGUGUUGGUGGAAUCGGGUGCUGAUAAGGAUGCUAGGAGUAAGGAUGGCCGGACUGUUUUAUAUAGGGCAGCGGCAAAUGGUGACCGUAGGAUGGUCGAAAUGUUAAUUGAGAUGGGUGCUGACCCCACUAUUGCUGAUGAUCGUGGCCGUUCAGCAUUUGAUGUUGCGCGUGAUAAGGGACAUGAGGAGAUUGUGGGGAUUCUGGAACAAGGAGAAGAUGUGUUGAGGGCAGCAAGGGGCGGGGACUUGAAGCUACUUGAAUCAUUACUACGAAAAGGUGCAAAUGCUAAAUAUCAUGACCAAUAUGGUUUAACUUCUUUGCAUGCAGCAGCUAUCAAGGGACACAAGAAAAUAGUAGCAAUGCUAGUUGAAAUUGGAGUAGAUGUGGAAUGCCAGGAUAAUGAAGGACAUUCUCCAAUACAUUUGGCUGUGGAGGGUGGUAGCUUAGAGACAGUUGAGGUGUUGGUCAAUAAAGGAGCUAAUAUUAAUGCCAAGAGCAGCCAAGGUGCCACCCCACUCUACUUGGCUAAAGCCAUUGGCUACAGGGAGAUAUCAGAGUUUCUCAUAAACAGGGGAGCCUCCUCUUCUUCUCCUCCUCCUUCAUUUCAUUCUUAAUAGUGAUCUUGUGUCAUGAUCAAUAUUAGUUGUAUAUAUUUUUAGAUGGGUACUUCUGAUAUGAUGCGCAUAUGCAUUUUCAUGAACAAUAUGGCAUGUGGUUGGGUAGUUCUUAGCUUUCCAUUGUCGUUGUAUAGAACUUUAGGCAAGAGUAGCAUAUUAACAAUGCUAAUGCUAAGUCACUUAAUUAGUCCUUCCGA